AUGCGGAAGAUUGUGUGGGGCUCACUGGGUGGCGCGGUGGCCGCAGAGUGGGGCUGCCGCUUCUGCUCUUGCAGCAGGGAAUAUGCUGCCGCAUUCCUGCCAUGCCACGCCCUUCCACGCGGCACCGCUUGCCCCGCAAACCGGCCCUCAGUCGCGGGCGGUGUUCGUUUCGGUUCGUGCGGAUGCGCCACGAAAUGCGGGGCAGUUAGUUUCGCCGCUCGUCCUGGGCGGACGCUUGGGUUUGGGAACGCUCUGGCGGAGCGAACCGUCUGUAAAAGCGAGCCUGGGAGGCGGGCGGCGCGGGCUAAGUUUUUUUUUUGGACCCGCGCGCAAACCGCCUCGCCAAAAAAGCAAAAACAGAAAAAACACUCCUCCCCUCUAUGGUUUGAACCAUUUCGAUCGCCGCCAGCCCGGGAACGAAGAUGGCGCCGCUUCCGCACUCAACAGGCGGAUGAAAAAAAAAAUGUGGAGAAAGAGGGCUCGCUGCUUCUGGCGUGGGGUACCGGGCCUUGGGCCGCCGCCCCCUCGGCUCCGCUGGGGCGCCCCAUUUUGCUGACCCUCGCCCGCCCCGCCCCGCCCAGCAAAGGGAAGGAUGAGCGACCAAUCAUUUCCUAA